AUAAAAAAAUUAUUUACAUAAAAAGUUAAAAAAAAAAUAGAAAAUCUAAGAGAUUACAAAUUAUGUGCUUAUUGUAAAUCUUAAAGUGAAAAAUACUCAAGUGCUAUAGCUACCCUCGAGGAUUGAUAACUUGCCAGUCAAUCACCAGCACCCCUUUAACUUUAGAAAUUGCUUCAGGCAAAUUGUUUUCAUCUUCCUCUCCAAAUAGAAAAAAGGACGUUGUCAACAAUCUACUGGAUUCCUUCAUUUCAUCACAGAAGAAUAGACAACAAUUUUUCAGUAAAACACACAAAAACGAGAAACAGGGGAUAAAGUAAAACGCAAUCAAAGAAAUGUGAAAAAUAAUCUUUUCUAGUUGCUUUCAUUGUUCGGUGCUUUCUCAAGAAUAUAAAGACACCAUUUUCGAAGACAAAACGGGGAAGAGCUGAGGGAUACCCAGUAAAUUGAAUUGUUCGCCAUCGAAGAGAGCUGGUCCACCCGCACACAUUCACACACAUAUAAAUGUCAAUAUGUUUUGUUUGUCUGGGUAUCGGAAAUCUGUGCAAAUAUUUACAACAACAACAUCAUUGUUAGGGGUGUCAUCGUCCUUGUUGUUAGGCGGAGAAGGAGUGUCAUCAGCAAUAUUGUUGUCAUUGUCACUUGGUUUGUUGGAAUGCAAAACGAAUGAAAAAUGUUGAAAAAAUUGUCGUCAUCAAUAGAAGCCGAACCAGAAGCAUCAGCAGCAUCAGAAUCUGAAUCCGACAACAAUAACAAGUCAAUACCAGCUUUAUUUUCUGCGGCAGCGAAAGGAGCGGAAACGCAACUAUCUUCCCUCAGAGCGAUAAUAAUAGCCGCCAUUGUCAGCCGAGUCGGGCGAGUCACAGCGAGAACAUUAGCAUUCACAUCUAGGUUAUCAAUCAAAGUGUCAUUGUCAUUUCACUUGCCAACAACAACAACUAAAACAACAACAGCAACUUUGUGGUCCUUGUCAACGUCAGGCAUAGCCGUAAACAAACAGCAGCCACAGCCACAGAAGCAGCGGCUGCCACCCAAAUUCCCUUUAAGCUCUAAUAGUCGCAAAAACAAACAACAACACCAGCAUCUCUUUUUGCCACAUCCUCCCCUCCUCCCCCAACUCGGUGACUUUCUGCAGCGGCCAGAGUUGUGCCAAAUGUUGAGCCAUAGCCGGAAGCUAUCAGCAUUAUAGUAUCGAAAGCUGAGAGCGGCGUGGCGUUAAUAAAUCAAAAUUCUAAAAUGGACGAUGAUACGAUUCAAAAGCAAUCUUCAACAGCGGAACACAAGGAUGCGGCUGCGGAGUUAUGCAGAGGAGAGUUGACAUCCAGAGACCAGCCAAAGGAGGGAGUGGCAAUGCCACACCCCUUGGCCGAGGAACUGCCAAGCCCCACAACUCCCAUGGACGAGGGCGGGGGUCCUCUAAGUAAAUCGGACAAGGCCGUCUCCACCUAUGGCAUACCCGAUCUGGAGGACUAUCAGCGGGCCGUGACCUAUGAACUGGUUUUCAAUUCCCUGCUCGAAAAGAAAAUGCAGGCCAUGAAGCGAGACUGUGAGGAGCGCAAGCGCAAUAAACGAUUGAAACGCAAAUCCAUUGGCAGGAUAUUCUUGGCCAAGCGUUUAUUUAGCAGCGUUGACUCACGGAAAAGUUCCAUGCUCAGUGAAUCGGCUGGCGGCAGUGUGGACAAGAUUAUGCAGGCCCAUUCGGAACCCACAACACCCCAGAAACUAACGAAAAUGCCAAUGCAAAAAACUGCCAUUCGCAAGGACCAUGUCCAAGCCCAGUCAUUGGACAUUGAAACCGAUCGCAGUAUGUCCUCGGCGCAGAGUCCACCACUCUCCAGUCAACAGUCGGCCCAGCUGCGUUAUUCGCCUACCACCAGGUCCAAAUCGAAAUCGAACACUGCCAGUUCAGAGACACAAAAAACGCAACAACAACAACCACAACAACAGCAGCAUCCUCAUGGGACAGGUCCGGAGGACAGCGUUGCCAGCACCCUUAGCAAUUCGUCGGGCAAAAUGGUGAAACAUAACGUUUUGGUUAUGGCCCAAACCCAUGGCACACCCACAGAGGUCCACACCUCAAGCUCAUCGGCGGACUCAAAGGCUGAAAAGAAACCUUCCGUGUCCGCCACCCAUCCUGCAGGCCACUCACGUGAGCUUACCUGUGAUACCAGUUCCCUGGCAAGUGGCUAUGACAAUGGAGCCGGAGCCCGGCUCAAUUCAAACACACUGUGUGAGGAUAGUCUCACCUCAAUGCGGGACAGCAUUGAGAGCCUGUCCUUUGCCAGUUCACGCUGUACCGUUAGUUUUGGGGCCACCGAAAUCAUACCCGAAGAUGUGGCCUAUGAACGCAUCAAGGCCUCUGCCAAGCGGCAACGUAUCCUGGAGGCCAAGUCGAUUAGUGCCCAAUGCAGUCCUAUACUGCCCUCGCGGCAUGUCAUACGCACCAUGGUCCAUGCUCCGCCGAAAGCCAUGUCACCGCCAGUCACUAAAGCCGCCGUGGUGGGGACAUCGCCGAGCACCACCCAACCACCCAUAAACAUCAUUGAACCCAUGCCUUUGGCCGAGCUACCAGAGCAGGACAGCGACAUGGCCUCCCGCAGACGUUUUUUGCCCAAUCAAUUUUCCUACACCGACAGCCUUUUUGAGUCGCGCAACAUUUCCCGGCAAAACACCUCCGAGGACAGUGCCAACAUCACCGUCAGUACAUUACUGAAUCAAAGCGAUUCCACUUCGCUGCAUGGCGCUCCCUCAGUGGCCGAUUUUGUGGGGCGUUCAACUCGACCCGUCAACAUCAACGAUCGCUUCAAAUCGAAAAGCACCAGUGUUUUGGUGGCCUUGGGCAAUGGCCGCACGCGGCCGCCACCACCCAUGCCACCACCAUGCGAAACAGCCCAGCCCUCGCCCGUGGCCUCAGCCUCACCACCAGCACCCCUAGAGCUGCCAUUGCAACAACAACUUCCCCUAGCCGAACUACAACAAUUACACAUUGCAAGCAAUAGUAAGCAGAAAAUCUUAGUAGAUAGUUUCAAAUUAGUCACCAAAUCGCCCAUAGCUCCCACCCAGAUCACCAACCGGGCGCCCAAGACGCCCAGUGAUAUUCCAUCGCAAUCUUUGCACAUUGUCACCAUGGCAUCGGCCAACUCAGAACUGCCUCAGCAAUAUCCUGUGAUCGAAUCGUAUUCCUCAUCCACAUUGAUGGGUGGCCCAGCAGCAGCGGUAGGUUCGGAAAAUGCCGCCAUUGUAACCAACACCACCACCACCGCUGCCACAACGACCACCUCGUCGCUAAACGAUGACACGGCAAAGCUGCAUCGCAUGACCUCAACAUCGACUGGUUCGAGCAUUGGCCCCACAGGUUGUUGUACAACAACGAAAUCAUCCGGAUCGCGUCUGAAGGAGAAACAACAUCGUUUCCCGGCACAACACAUCAUUCCAUCGGGUCAGAGCGGUAGCGAUGAUGAGUAUCGGCGCAAGAAGAGAAAAUACAAACGUUAUCAUCGCUGUUCCGAUCCAGUAUUGGUCUAUCCAGCAACGAGUGGUUUGCAGCACUGCAUACUGUCUAUGCCACCUAAUGAUCCUAUUCAAUAUCCCUAUACGGAAGAUUACGCUUAUGACAUACAAUUGCAAAUGGAAUCAGAUAAAAAUGAUGACCUCGAAAAAAUAGUUCCAAGUGAUAGUACAAAACGUAAACAUCAUAAACAUCGACACCAUCGCCACAAAAAACGUCAUCGCCAUAAAAAACCAAAAAUUCUUGUACAAGACUUAGAAACCCAGGAAGUCAAGGUAAUCGAUCCCGAUGACUUGCCACAACGUGCCCGCUGGACUAUUAUAGCCACAGCGUGUCUCCUGUUGCUCAUGUGCCUCAUGUUGGUCGGUAUAACGUUACGUAUGGCGCCAAUCAUCGAUGAUAUGGGUGAGUAAAUCGCCGCUGAUGCCGAACGUCGUUGUCGGCUCAGAGGCAUUUUUGUUUGUUUACUCUCUGGCUCUCUCUCUAUCUCCUCUUUUUACCACAUUUGAAAUGCGCAUUCCAAAUUCUUCAAUUUGUGUUGUGUUGUUUUGUAAAUAACAAAA